AUGGCUGAGAGUCGUACAGAAUUACGGAUCGGUGUACUGGCCAUUCAGGGCGCCUUCUUUGAGCACAGGGCUGCCCUACUCAAAGCCUUAAACAACUCUCCAUUUCAUAAAGAUGUUGAUUUAGAAGUUAAUGAUAUCAGGGAGCCAGAACAACUAUCCGGUUUACAUGGAUUAAUUUUGCCCGGAGGGGAGAGCACGACUAUGAGUCUAUUCCUUCAAUCGAACAAUUUCCACGAUGUUUUGAGGGAAUGGGUAGCGGCUAAAGAGACACCUAGAGUUGUCUGGGGAACGUGUGCUGGCCUUAUCCUUCUGUCCAAUGCCAUAGAAGCUCAAAAGGAAGGCGGUCAGUCGAAGGUAUGGAUUAAGAUUUUUCUUAGAGGUCCGGGGGGAGGGAAGCAGGGGUAAGUUAGGGGUGGCAUCGUGGGUGUGGCUGUGGUCGAUUUUGCUGUAUGUUUUAAAAUACAUACAUUAGUAUAUGCCAGCAAUCGAUUAAACAUGGCCUACACUCAGCAAAAUGAUACAGGGAGCUAAAACAAAAAUGUUAAGAAAAAUGCAUGUUACUGGUUGUAUUAAGAAAAAAGUUCUUUGGAGCCCUACUGAAAAAAACUCCCCCUUCCUCCCCAAAAUAAUGUUGAAGUCAGACUGAAUCAUUUUUGCACCCAAUUGAACAACACAGAUCAGGGUGGGGUUAGGGAGGAGGCACCUGUGCAGUGGGUAUCCUGUGGGUAAGAAAGUGCCAAAUAACACUUUUUGUCCAAGAUUGUAGCUGCUUUGAGGAGAGGUUUAGAUCUUUCCCAGUGCAAUUCAUGUGUGUAUUAGAAAGUGCAAGUUUUGCCAGCCUUAGAAAUUUUUUUAAAAUGUGAACAGAAAAAAUAAAGGAAAGCAAAAUGCUUAAGUUGAGUCUUAAACACUUUGUUCUUGAUCAUUAGAUUGGUGGUAUUGAUGUCACAACCUCAAGGAAUUUCUUUGGACGCCAGGUGAACAGCUUUGAAACAGAAGUCAAACUUCACAAUAAUCUUCUUUCAAAUUGUAGUACAAGUAAUGAUGGACUCAGUGUGAGUGAGAAUGGUACAAGCUAUCAUGGAGUGUUCAUCCGAGCUCCAGCAGUUGUGUCUGUUGACAGCCCUAAGGUAGAAGUUCUUGCGACUAUUGACUUACCACAUAGAAAGGAACCUGUUGUUGUCGGGGUAGCUCAGGAAAACCUGAUGGCUACUGCAUUUCAUCCUGAAUUAACAGAGGAUACAAGGUGGCAUGCAUUUUUCUUAAAGAAAAUUUUGGAAAAGAUGAACGUGGCAAAACAAUAA